AUGCUUGCCACUGCUACCUUCACCAACGCCCUUCUCAGAUUGGCUGUUGUUGUUCUGUUGCUAUGGAAUACAUGUAAUACGCCUGUGGUCGAAGCAGCGUUCACAACCAUCAGCGUUGGAGGAGGCUACACGUCAUCGUCCAACGCGUGGGCAUGUGGCUUACUACCGGUACAAGACAGCGCCAGCGGAAGCAUCGAAUGCUUUGAGCCCGAGGAGCCUUUGAACGACGACAAGGAAUAUGUCGUGAAGGGACGUCUCGAUGGGGCAUACACGGGAAUUUCGGUUGGCGGGAGUAGCACCCCCAGCCAGCUGUAUGCGUGUGCUGUCGAGUCCAUCACUGGCCGCAUUCAGUGCUGGGAACCUUACACAUUGGACGAGGCUUUACCAUACCAAGCCAAAGGAGAUCUCACCCCACCAGUCAACGAACAACCAUAUACCCAUGUGGAAGUAGGAGGCAGCUCAUCUGGCAGCUAUUUUGCAGCUUGUGCCAUCCGAGAUGGAGGAAUUGAUUGCUUCAAUCCCUACAGUCCUACAGAGACAGGAGUUACCUAUGAAAUUAUGGGAAGUCUUCCAGGAGACUACUCCAGUGUGUCGGUGGGCGGGCAAGCAGAAGAUGAACCCUUUACCCACGAGUUUGCUUGUACCACGCUCAACAAUCCAGCUCAAAUAGACUGCUUUGAUCCUAAAGCUCCCGGCAUUGAUGGCACUGUGCCACUGUCUCGGUUGGGCCAUCUUCCAGGUUCUUACCAAGAAGUAUCCGUGGACGCAAGCAGUUCCCCUUCCUACAUUUAUGGCUGUGCUGCAAGGGCAGACCGCACAGCGGUGGAUUGCUUCGAACCUUAUACGUUCGAAGAUACUGUCAAAAGCUACACAAUCGCAGGAUCUGCUCCUGGUUCCUUUGAACAGGUUUCAGUGGGUGGCGGCAGUUCCCCGUCCUACCUCUAUGCUUGUGGACUCCGCGAAAGUGGCAUUGAUUGCUUCAGUCCUUACUUUGUGCCUCCGGUUCCCGUGACAACAACCAAUACUACCUAUGAAGUGACAGGAUCGGUGGCUGGAAAUUACCACCAGGUGGCCCUCGGUGGAGCGGCAGCUACAGACGCGUUCUAUGCUUGUGCCAUCCGAACCAGUGGGGAGGCCAUUGAUUGCUUCAAUCCUUACACAUUCACCGAAAUUGGAUCUACCUAUGAGAUUGGUGCUACCUAUUUUCUGCCUGCUACCGCUGCCCCCACGGUGAGCCCUCCACCAAUGUCCAGUCCUACCACAGAGACGCCCACCGUCGCCACAGCCACACCGCCGCCGCCACCACCAGCGAUCGAGUCCACCUCACCACCACCAAUCGAGUCAACAUCGCCACCACCAAUGGAUUCUUCAACUUCACAAACGGCCUCUUCCUCUUCCACCACAGCGACGUCCAUGGGGAGAGUUUUUUGGAUUUCAACUAUCUUUUGCUGCGCCACUGCACAUUUUUGUUUCUAG